AUGCAAAAUAAAAAUGCUUUUUCUUGGGUAAAGGAAGGGAUGACUCGAUCCAUUUCUGUAUCGAUCAUGAUAUAUGUAAUAACUCGGUCAUCCAUUUCAAAUGCAUAUCCCGUUUUUGCGCAGCAGGGUUAUGAAAACCCGCGAGAAGCAACGGGACGAAUUGUAUGUGCCAAUUGUCAUUUAGCUAAUAAACCCGUGGAUAUUGAAGUUCCGCAAGCUGUGCUUCCUGAUACUGUAUUUGAAGCAGUUGUCCGAAUUCCUUAUGAUAAGCAACUGAAACAAGUUCUUGCUAAUGGUAAAAAGGGAGGUUUGAAUGUAGGGGCUGUUCUCAUUUUACCCGACGGAUUCGAAUUAGCCCCCCCUGAUCGUAUUUCUCCCGAAUUGAAAGAAAAGAUUGGAAAUUUGUCUUUUCAGAGUUAUCGUCCUAAUAAAAGAAAUAUUAUUGUGAUAGGUCCUGUUCCUGGUCAGAAAUAUAGUGAAAUCAUCUUUCCCAUUCUUUCCCCCGACCCUGCUACGAAGAAAGAUGUUCACUUCUUAAAAUAUCCCAUAUAUAUAGGUGGGAACAGAGGAAGGGGUCAGAUUUAUCCUGAUGGUAGCAAAAGUAACAAUACAGUCUAUAAUGCUACAUCAGCAGGUGUAGUAAGUAGAAUAGUACGUAAAGAAAAGGGUGGAUAUGAAAUAACCGUUGUUGAUCCAUCGGAUGGACAUCAAGUAGUUGAUAUUGUACCUCCAGGACCAGAACUUCUUGUUUCAGAGGGUGAAUCCAUCAAGCUUGAUCAACCAUUAACAAGCAAUCCCAAUGUGGGAGGCUUUGGUCAGGGAGAUGCAGAAGUAGUGCUUCAAGACCCAUUACGGGUCCAAGGUCUUUUAUUCUUUUUUGCAUUUGUUAUUUUGGCACAAGUUUUUUUGGUUCUUAAAAAGAAACAGUUUGAAAAGGUUCAAUUAUACGAAAUGAAUUUCUAG